AUGCCUUGGAAUUGUUUUUGGGGAUACGAAUCGCCACCACCAACUUGUCGUGUUUCUGGACCACUACAUCUAAUAAAUCAGAAAGAGGGAGUGGCGCAGACACAUGUAUUUCGCAGCAAGGUAUUCAAGAAAGCGAGAUCAUGUCAAUGGUGUCAUCAACCAGUGCAAAACCAGGGUAGCUGUUGUAGAGUGUGCAAAUACGUGUGUCACACUGGGUGCGAGAGUAAGAUAUCUGGCGCAAUCGAGCUCUCAGAUCCAGCCAACUCGGCGGAGAUAUUACAGCGGCUUCAAAAUACAGAUAAGGCAAGAUUUUCGGACACAAGCUGGCAAAUCCACCGGACAUGGGCUCGUAAUGGGGAUCCUUUGCAAUUGUCACCGCCGCCUGUCCGAGCUGAUAACACUCUACCAUCCACUGCCGUGUCUUCUCCACUUCGCAGCGACCAGAAUGGCAUCUACGACACGAUCACGACUCGUGCGGUGAGCGCCCCAGCAUCUUCAGCCACAACCAUAUUUACCAGAGAACAUGGAGGAAUUCGUUCAGCAAGCUAUCCUGGUCCCGGGGGGCCCAGCUCCCGGCUAGACCUUUGUUACGUGGCAGAGCGUAUGCUGGCGCUGCACUUGCCGGAGAGGGACGCGCAAGCGGAAGCGCAGGCUGCACACAUGCUGAAUAAUAAGCACGGCGAACAUUACAUGGUAUUCGAAGUAAGUGGCGCUGAUGGCAGUGAUGGGCGAACAGCGAGAAACGUGUUCAGUCGCGCACGCUCGCUUGGCUGGCCGGGGGAGCUCGCGCCGCCCCUUGAGCGUCUGUGCGCCGCUUGCAAACACAUUGAGAGCUGGCUAGCUGCACAUCCCAAGAAUGUUGCAAUAUUACUAGCCUGGGGAAAUCGUGAACGUCUCGGAGUAUUGGUGGCGGCUUACAUGCACUACUCGGCUAUAUGCGGGGCGCCGGAGCAUGCACUGGAUAGAUAUGCGAUGCGACGCUAUCUCGACGAUAGAGUGCCAAUUUUCCACCUACCUUCGAAUAAACGAUACAUCGACACGUUUGCGGGCUUACUCGCGGGUCAAAUCCGAGUGAAUGCAGCGCCGCUACACUUAACGCACGUUAGCGUGGCGGGUUCACUCGCUGCGCCCACCGUCCCUACGAUAGCCUUUCUUAAAAUAUACGAGAACUAUACCUGCGUAUAUACUUCGGGUCUGUAUUUGGUGAACGGUGGUGGCUGGACUGUGGGCGUGGGGCGACUGGCGCUGCGCGGCGACGUGCUGGUGCGCGCGUACCGGCGGCCCGCGCACGUGCAGACGCACGCGCAGGCCACACAACGACACCUGGUCUUCGCCUGUCAGUUCCACACGUGCGCUGUCGCCGACCACACCCUCUCUUUCACUAAGCAACAACUUGACCACGCUGUGCACGAUCCAUCGUUCCCAAGCGACGGAGCAGUGGAGCUGGUGUUCGCGCGUGGAGAGGGCUCGAGCGGGGCCGCGCCCGCGCCGACGCCCGCCGCGCCGCUGCGGGCCGCGCCCGACGCGCUCGCACGCGCCGAUUCGCUCGAACACCUGCGACCGCUCUCUGCACUUACCGAUGAUGAGCCCGGUGACAAUAACGGCAGCGCAGAGGGUUCAGGCUCGGGAGGGGAGGCGGGCGAGGGAGCCGAGGCCGCACACACGUUCGGACCUCUCGACGGGUCCAUCUACGCGACAGUAGUGCGCGCGGGCGGCGGGCCAUCCUCUCCGCUCAGCGCCUCAAUGGACUCGGGCAUCUCCUCAGCGGGCCGGCGCGCCGCCCCCAGUCCGCCCGACGAGCUGGACGCACUGCUGGGCGACAUGCUCCGGACCGUCAGAGCCUUGCCCGAUCCGCCGCCGGCGCCUCAGUCGCAAGUCGACCGCGCGCCCGACAUACCGUACCACGCGCGCGCUGAUUCCGCGCCCUUCACAUACGGCGCCCCCGGCCUCCGCCCCGGCAUGUUGCGCGCCUCCAACCGUCUCGCGAGUCCCGAGCUCGUGCGACGUGCUCUCGGCAGUGAUCGAGGUUACAAGGCCAUUGAAGACGAUGAUGAUGAACGCACCGUCACCCCGGAACCAUCACCACGGACACCACUGUCUCCCCGCACCCUACGCAAACUUACACACGACGACGUUACGACAACUACCACCACGACUCUACCACAAACAGAUGCACCUGUAAGCAAUGGAAGAUGGUUGAAUGGUGACGCGGAAUGGAUAGAUCGUCCACCUAGCAGUGCAAGAAAAACUGCCCCAGAUUGUGGCACAUGGCGCUCGACAAGUACAAUAGAAUGGCAAGAUACUAUACGUCGAGACGCAAGAAGAUCUGAGGGAAAUAAUGUUGAAAAUUCAGGUUUAACCUGGCUGCAGAGGCAACAACAAAAAUUAAGAGAGAGGAAAGAAGCAAGGGAAAGAGUCGCUCGACUACCGCUCGAGUGGGACGCGCCUUCCCGACAUGUGCGACGGUCGGCAAGCCAUCGGAUGGAUGGAUAUACAAGCGACACUACAGCGUUCGCUGACGACGAUGAUGAUUUUAGUGUACCUCUUCAUGUGAACACGCGCACUCCUCUCAGGACUGAUAGUAUCAGUCCUCAGGCUCCAGACAGAACCUCAUCUAGAAAAUUCAUGUAUGAAAAGAUGACGAUGCGUGAAUGGAGUACGAGCAGCACACCUACAAGUACCCAAGCGCCUGGUUUACUGUCACUUGCAGAGCCCAACAAUAACGAUACUAUUACUCGUGAGCGAUCGGAGAGCUGGUCUCGAUCUGAUUCUCGGGCUGGCACUCCAGCAUUCCCCACGCAUCCACGCACACCCUACCCGCCCACGCCCACGCCUUCACUCAGCGCGCGCCCACCGCGCUCACCGACCGUCUCAAGAAAGGAACGUGAAGGUAGCCCAGAGUCAGAGUAUCGUGUGUACAACGGCACAGGCGCAGGCGCAGGCACGGGGAGCAGCGGGUCGAGACGCUCCAGCGUUAGCACUACCGAACUGCAGCACGUGGCCCCAGACCGCGUCCGCUUCGCGAAAGAUACUAGCCAGUAUUGGUACAAGCCGAAUAUAUCGCGAGAUGAUGCGAUAUCAGCUCUGCAACAAUUAGAAGAGGGUGCGUUUAUAGUGCGCGAUUCUAACUCAUUCCCGGGCGCGUUCGGCCUGGCGGUGCGCGCGGGCGGCGCGGGCGGCGUGCGACACUUCCUCAUCGAGCCCACGGCGCGCGGCGUGCGCCUGCGGGGCUGUCCCGACGAGCCCGUCUUCAGCUCGCUAUCGGCAUUAGUGUACCAACAUACUGUGACACCUCUCGCUUUGCCCGUACCGCUAAAAUUGCCUGAUAGGGAUCCGUGGUCAGGUGGAAAUGCAAGUGCCGCAGCUCGCGCGUUGCUGUCGACCGGCGCGGCGUGCAACGUGCUACUGUUAGGGUCAGAAAAUACUGAAGCUCUUACUGGACCUGCUGCUGUUAAAAGGGCCGUGCACAAUAUUCUGCAGAAGAAGUCAGCAUGCCACGUAGUGCACUUCAAGGUGUUCGGCGGCGGCAUCACGCUGACAGACGCGGCGCGGCGGCUGUUCUUCCGGCGCCACUACCCCGCCGCCGCCGUGUCGCACGCCGGCCUGGACCCCGACGAGCGUCGCUACACUUACGUGCACAAUGGAACACAAUCAGAAAAGCGCAUAUUCGCAUUCGUGGCGCGCGCGUCGUCCGGCGCCGACAACCAAUGCCAUGUGUUCGCAGAGCUGGAGCCCGAGCAACCCGCCACUGCAAUCGUUAACUUCGUCAACAAGGCACUUCUUGGGAGCUCUCAGAAGAGGGAUAUCAUA